AUGCUGUAUGAGGGACAGGCUCUGAACAGUUGGAACACAGUCAUAAAGGCAGUCGCAGAGUCUGUGCCUCAGCCCACAGCUAACAGAAGACAAGAGGAUCCAGGCACCAGGUUUUUUUCCUGGGAGACUGACAGAGAGUUCAGGCUACGACAUUCCGGCGGACAGGAAAGGAAUUUCUGAGAGUAUAAAUCACGAAACCUCGACUAUUUGCCAGAGAGGUGAAUUGGGAAGAAUGCCGUGCUCCGUGGAGGUCACGGUGCACAUACUUAGAAAACAUGACUCUUGACGAUGAAUUUCCACGGGCAAAUCCAAAUACUGAGUGAAAAUAUGGGUGGGAGGGAUAAUUUAGAGACAUGCCCCUUAACUCUUGCCGGUCCGGAUUAAAAGGCAUGUGGCGGGUUACUUGGAAAGCAUGAAGAAAAUAAGACGUUAGUUCAGUCGGCGUUCGGGAAAAGGUGGGAGGAUGGAUAAUUAAGAAAGAAUUAUGAAUGUUAAGUCGUCGGCUAACAAGAGUAAGAACUGAAAUCCGAUUAACCUUUGGGUAAGUAUCAGUGCAAAAAAUGAAACAGAGGUCGGCUUUCUGCCUUGGAAUCCAAGAAAUUUUAAGAUUUAUUAGCUGGUAUCUGUUUGACUAUAUGACUUUUGUAUGUACUGGGUGUGAUAGUUUUCUUUAAAAUUACCUUGGCCAUGAAUAAUUUCGAUACGGUGUUUGACAACCUUCAACGAUUUUGCGUUAUCAUCAACCCGUAAAAUUUCGUUUUCGGCGUUGCUUCCCUCGAGUUUCUUAGAUACCUGGUUGACUCCGCUGGUCUCCAUCCUCUUAAUUUGAAGAUUGAGGCUGUUGUGAGUUUCCGUCCCAACUUUCAGUCGUCAACUACAGCGCUGUCUAACGAUGCCAAUUCCUACCGCCGUUUCGCCGCUCACCGUUUCGACAUCAUCCUGCCGCUCACAGACUACCUCUCUGGCUCCAAACGUUCGUUCGAGAUGUCUGCUUUCACCCUUGCUGCUUCUGGCCAAGCAAAGACUGCCCUGACCGACUCCACCCUGCUGACAUAUUUUGCAGCCGAUGCUCCCAUUUUCCUCAUGGCCGACGCCUCCAACGUUUCAGUCGGCGCAGUUUUUCAGCAACAUCGUAGCUUUCUUCUUGAGAAAGUUAUCGCAUGUCGAGUCUUGCUUCAGCACAUUUGGUCGGGAGCGUCUUACCGUCUCCCCCGCAGUGAAAAAUUUACGGCAUUUCCUUGAGGGCGGAGAAUUCACCAUCCUUACAGAUCACUAGCCAUUUUCAUUUGCAUUCAAGUCGAAGUUUGAAAGGCUCAACCCGGGUGGUUCGCCAACUUGACCACAUGUCGUAGCUCACUUCAGACAUCCGCAAUAUCAAUGGGUCAUGAAAUUAGGAGGCUAAACCGCUUUCCGUCCCCACCAGCGCAUAUCUCCAACUUCCUCUUGUUACCGAACUUGCUGAUAUAGCCGCUGAACAACGCCGUGUCGGUUGGUCCUGUGACGAGAACGUUUCUGUUCUCCAACUCCAGGGUCUUCUACUGACUACUGGCAACGGCACCAUUCCCUCUGGCGUCUCCGCGGUCUCCCAACAUCCCUUUGUGCCUCCACCCCUCCGUCGCAAUUUCUUCUCCUCAUUACACAACCUUCCCCAACCUGGGAGUCGGCUACGUACAGGCCAGUUUCCGAUCGCUUCGUCUGGUCUGGGAUGCACAAGGAACUGGAAGCUUGGACACAGACGCGUCUUGACCUUCAGUGGAGUAAGGCCCAACGACACAACACGGUUCUCAUAG